AUGAUAUCCUUGUCGACUCAAUAUCCACUCGAUACAUAUUCCGUGACGACGUCAAACAAGUCUAGUAAUAUGACGACGACAACAACAACGACUACUACUACGACUAGUACUUCUACAACUCCAAUCAUCAUAAUGGAUCAUUCUCAAAGAUUUCAAUCUCACUCUUCUCAUGAUUAUAUUUAUGAAAGAAUUAAAUAUCAAUCAGUGAAUUCACAUGAUAAUAAUCAAGAAAUGAAUCAUUCAUCUACUCCACUUGUAUACAAUGGUAUUAUUGUAUUUGUACAUAAUUUUGGAUCACAUUCAGAAUUAAUUGUUGAUGAUUCUUUAGAAAAAGAUUGGAUUGAUUCUAUUUUAAUUCGUCAAUAUAAUUUUAUUGUUUAUCGAUUUGAUUUGAGAGGACAUGGACGUUCGAGUGGGAGUCGAUUUUUUAUUAAUACUACUAGUAGUAGUAGUAGUAGUAGUAGUAGUGGUAGUAGUAGUGGUAGUAGUAGUAGUACAAGUCAUAUGCACACAGAAAUUCCAUAUCUACAAGAUUUAUAUCAAGUUGUGAAUGAGAGAAUUCCAAUGCAUUGGAAAACAAUUUUGAGAAGAUUAUUGAAACAUUCUAUGAAUGAGGAUACUACUAAUUCUUCCACUACUACUACUUCUUCUGGUACUUCCACUACUUCUUCUCAACACAUUCAUUCCAUGAAUAUACCACCCAUUGUAUUCAUUGGUGAUGUAUUGGGAGGAUUACUCACAUUAAGAUUGGAACAAUUGAGACAUGCACCAUCAUUUGAUCCAUCAUCAUCAUCACAACAUCAUUUUCAUCACAUUUUAUUAUCAUGCCCACUCUUAGCCUCACCACAUCAAUUGUAUCAAGAUGAAACUAAAUUUGAGAAAUCACCAGAGAAAAUGUUAUCACCUUCCAAAGAUUUAUUAAUGAGAAUUAUGACUUAUUAUUUACCAUCCUAUCCUACUCAUUCACUUUUACCUCCCAUUGAAUACAUGACAAAAAAUAGAAAGAGAAUACAAAAGAUCAUGAAUGAUCCUUAUCGAUAUAAAGGUGCAUCUAUAUUUGCUGAGGAAGAAUUGUAUGAAUUAUUGGUCAAUCGAUUGGUGAAUCCAUUUUCAAAUACGAGUCAAAGUACUUUUGCUAAAUAUACAAUUUCUGGAAUUGCAGGAAUUGAAUUGAGACAAAUGCCAAAUAUGUGGACAGUGUCUACUGCUAAGGCUAUUCUAUCGUUAUUAGAGGAGGUCAACAAAUCAGAAUCUCUAAGAUUAUUGAAAGGAGUGAAAAAUUUACUUGUUUUGCAUGGAAAGAAUGAUGUAUUGACUCCAGUGAAUAAUUUAAAGAGAUUAAUUACUCUUUCUCAAUGUAGCAAUGGGUGCUCAAGAGAGUUGAUUGACUAUGAUCAUGCAAUGAUUGAUCUUUUGGAUGGGUCAUCUUCUUCUCAAAAAGUUGUUGCAGACAUUAACCAAUGGUUAGAGAAGCAUGUUUUAAGGGAUCAGUAA